AUGCCAGUUGUACUUGGACUAAAGCUGCUUCGAGUGGCACCACUCAUCUCCUCAACUGCAGGUCUCAUGUGCGCUUGGGACCAGCAAUUCGCCUUUUCUUCAUUCAUUGAUCCCGGCGUUCCUCAGGAAGCGGCUGGAUCUACCCUUCCUCACUGGUUUCCUGCCAUCUUUCGAAAGCUGAUCUGGGUGGUCAGCAUUAUUCACCCUCUAGGAGGCGUUCUCGGCCUCGCAAAUGGCCUCGGAAGCGCUGGCGCGGCACUGGAUAAGCAAACUCGAGCGCUUUACUUGCUAGGCGGUUUUUUUGCGGCUGCCCAUCUUGUGUACGGCAAAACAGCUAUGCGUAUUAUUGGCACGAUUUGGGAUGGCUCUGUGUCAGGAAACAAGAAUCUCGGGGCUCUGUACCCAUGGCUCCGCCUCAACUGGUGGAGGAUCAUGACCAACAACUUCCCGGCUGUUGUUUGCUUCUUGGCGGCAUUGGUCGGAGCUAUCGACGUUCGUACCGGAUGA